GCAAGGCGUUGACUUGUGGAUACCUGGUUUAUUUCUCAGCAGGUUCCGGCAAUAAUAUAUCCCUUGAUAACUACUAUUCCAUUAUAAACAUAAACAUUUCCUGCAUUAUGAUCUUCUUAUUUCCAAAUAUAAUGUUUUCUCAUCCACACUUGCAUUUACUCCUUUUUCUUUCAUUAACAGCAAAAUCACCUGCACUUGCAAAGUACGCCAAACCAGGGUGCAGUGAUAAGUGCGGGAACGUGACGAUUCCAUUCCCUUUUGGAAUCGCUGCAGAAUGUUCGGUUAAUCAAUGGUACAUCGUUGAUUGCAACAACUCGACCCCAUAUCUAUCUGCACUCAACCACCUGGAAGUCUUGGCUAUAAGCGUGGAAAAUCAAACAGUUACUGUUAGUAUGCCAAGGAUCUCUGAUUGCCCAAACCCAGUUUUGAAUAGCAAUCAGAUAACGAGCAUUGAUCUUAGCAGGAGUCCCUUCUUGUAUUCCAAAUCACACAAUAAAUUUGUCUUUGAGGGGUGUGGUAUUGCUUCCAUGAUGUAUAAUGGGAAUGUGGUCACAGGGUGUUCAACGGCUUGCCUCAAUGUUACACUUAGCGAUCGAAACAGCUGUUUUGGAAAUGGUUGUUGCCAAACUGCAAUUCCUCAUUAUCUCAAGUGGUACAGCAUUAACCUCACCGGAAUGGAAAGGCAAGGGGAGGAUGGAGGUUGCGGGUCUGCCUUCCUGGUGGAUGAAACUUCAUAUGACCAAGCAAGGCUUUCGGACCCAUUUAUUUUCAAAAAUGCCUCUUUUAUUCCCGUAUCGCUUCUGUGGACUCUAACAGACUUGGAUCAAGUCACUUGUUGUGAUAAGAUGCACCCGACACGACCCAAAGUGGAUAUGUUUAAUGGUACUCUAAUGGAUACGUUGAAAUGCAACUAUAUACAAUCAUCAGAAUACAACCCUUAUUUAAUAGAUGGAUGUACACAGAAUGAAAUUGCAAAAUAUGCCAAGACAGGGUGCAGUGAUAAGUGCGGAAAUGUGACGAUUCCAUUCCCUUUUGGAAUAGGUGCAGAUUGUUUUAUUAACCAAUGGUACCGAGUUGACUGCAACUCCUCCAAGCCAUAUCUACCUGCACUCAACCACCUGGAAGUCUUGGGUGUUAACUUGGAAAAUCUAACCGUCACUGUUAGUACGCCAAGGAUCACUGAUUGCCAAAAUCAAGUUCGGCAUAGCAAUGAGAUUAUGGGCAUCAAUCUUGGUAGCAGCCCUUUCUUGUUCUCCAAAUUCCACAAUAAAUUUGUUUUUGAGGGGUGUGGUACGGCUGCUAUGAUAGAUAAUGAGAGAGUGCUCACAGCGUGUUCAACCGCAUGCAGUGGUGUUACACUUCGAGAUAGAAACAGCUGUUUUGGAAUUGGCUGUUGUCAAACUCCAAUUCCUCAGUGUCUCAAGUCGUACAGCAUUAACAUCACCCGCUUGGAAGAGGAAGAUGGAGGUUGUGGGUCUGCCUUCUUGGUGGAUGAAACUUCAUAUGACCAAGGAAGGUCUUCUAACCUAUUUAUUGACAGGAAUACCUCUUUUAUUCCCAUAUCGCUUCUGUGGACUCUAACAGACACCGAUCAAGUAAUCUGUUGUGAUGGCAUAACCCCGAUAACACUCAGUUUGGAUAUUGUUAACGGUACUAAUUUGGAUACAUGGAAAUGCUACAAUACAUAUUCAGAAGGAACAGGAAACCCUUAUUUAAUAGAUGGAUGCAAGCACGAAAGUGGUGAUGAAGAUCCUACAGGAGUUUGUAAAAGGUGUGAAGAUAGGGGAGGUUAUUGUAACAGGGACGAUAUACUUUACGUUGAUGGUUUAGUUUUCGGUCAGAACUUCACUUGUUAUGGCGAUGAAAGAACUUCUCUUGGUGUGAUUCUAGGUGUUAGCAUAAGUACGGGUGUACUUUUUCUUGGUGUUAUCAGCUAUUUAUUGUACAAAGUGAUUAAAAAAACAAAAGAAAGGAGGCAAAGAAAAAGAUUCUUUAAGCGCAAUGGUGGUUUACUUCUAAAACAAGAAGAAGAAGCAGACCCGUCUUUAGUUGAUAAAACCAUACAUUUCACAUCACAUGAGUUGCAGAAGGCCACCGACAACUUUAAUGAAAAUAGAAUUCUUGGCCGAGGAGGUCAAGGUACAGUCUAUAAAGGAAUGUUGGUAGAUGGAAGGAUAGUGGCAGUCAAGAAAUCAAAAAUAGUUGAUGAAAGUCAGUUAGAACAAUUCAUCAAUGAGGUGGUUGUUCUUUCCCAAAUCAAUCAUAGGAACGUGGUCAAGUUAUUGGGAUGUUGCUUAGAGACAAACGUCCCUCUCCUUGUUUCCGAGUUCAUUCCAAAUGGUACCUUGUAUGAUCGGCUUCACAAUGAAACUGACGAUUUCCCAAUUUCUUUGGACAUGCGAUUGCAAAUAGCUACUGAGAUUGCAGGAGCACUUUCUUACUUGCACUCGUCUACUUCCAUUCCAAUAUACCAUAGAGACAUCAAAACCACCAAUAUACUUUUGGAUGAAAAGUACAGGGCCAAAGUUUCAGACUUUGGAACUUCAAGGUUCGUCUCAUUAGAUCAAACUCAUUUGACUACCUUAGUCAAAGGUACUUUUGGCUACCUUGAUCCUGAGUAUUUUCAGUCUAGCCAAUUUACUGAAAAGAGUGAUGUUUAUAGUUUUGGAGUUGUUUUAGUUGAGCUUUUAACCGGAGAAAGACCAAUUUCUCUAACUAGAUUUGGUGAAAACAGAAGUUUGGCUACACAUUUUAUGUUGGCUAUGGAAGAAGGGCGUGUUAUGUCAAUUCUUGAUGCAACGGUCAUUAAAGAGGGUACAAGGGAAGAGCUUUUGAUUGUGGCUAACCUGGCAAUGCGAUGCUUAAAUAUGAACGGAAAGUAUAGACCAACAAUGAAAGAAGUUGCUAUAGAGUUAGAAACCAUACGAAGGUCGCAUGUUCCCUCUACCGUUCAACAUAAAACCAGUUCGAUGGUUUAUGGGGAGGAACUAUCGAUUCUAACUGAUGGCGAAUCAUCAUCAACAUUCUUGAGUUUCAAUGAUAGCAUUAAUCAUUGAUUCAAAAAGUUCUAUCCAAGUUUAUUGUUUAAUAAAUUUAUGUUCUCAUAAAGUUGCUAACAUGUAAUAUAAUUAAGUUUUUGUCAUUACAAGGGGGUUAAGUUAUGGGAAGCAAAGUACUUUCAUUUUCUGUAAACAAAUACUCACUUUCAUUUUCUUGAAUAGUAGACUUGUGCAAUCUGUUUGGAGUU